CCGUCCUCAUUCUCUCUCUCGUCCGUGAACACACAACAAGAUCUGCUGUGCCUUAGCAGGUAUUGCUGACUGAAAAGAAAAUGGACGUGACCUCUUAGUGGUGAAGAAGCAGGGACGUGUUAGUAAUAUUUACCGGUGCGUCUGUCUAAUGCACCUGCGUGUUCAGGUCAACCUGUCUCUCGUUGCUUCACAAUAACACGCCGGCGGUAGUUGGGUUUUGGUGGGUGGGAUCGGCAAGGAACAUAUAAAAUGAACAUGUUAUUUUCUGCUGCGUUGAACGAGGAAAAAGACCACUAAAAAAAACAAACGCAUUUAAAACGGGACCGUGUUAAUAUCACUACUGUAGCAUGCAUAUCUGCAACACGUCACUGUAUUGAAGCGCAGUGUUGGAUUUUUUUUAGUCAGCCGUUGCUCGGAUACUCUGAGGCGAAGAGGCGCUUAAUUUUGCGAUGAGGUAUUGAAGGAGUCUUUUUAAUGUAUCGUUGUGGGCGAACUCUCUGGGGGCAAUUCGGUCCCCGAUUCGGUUUGACAGCGCACCGUGCCGACCACCGCCGCCGCAGCCGGUUUUAAAAAGGCUGAAUCUGGACAAGCACUGACUAUGUCCCUACAGCGCUUGUCUGUAAUUGCCUCUUGCAACGACGUUGAAAUCAUAGCCAACUUUGUUAUAUAGCGCUACGGUUUAGUUACUGUGUUUAAUUCACAUGCUGCAUGAGGCAGAACAGAGUCACACGACGUUGUAAGUUUAAGAUGGAGCAGGACGGCAGUUGUAUGAAAUAACCGUUUUAAAUUAUUUACCAGAAGCAAUAAGAGACCUCUCUCGCGUUCUUCCCUACUGUGAAUAUAAUUUACCCAGUCUUUAAUAAUUGAAUAUAUGAUGCAUUUUAUAACAUAUUAAGCGUGCACAAGUGUAGUUAUUAUCAUCGAACUAAUUUUGAUUGUAGAUCGAUAGAGAUAUUGUAAAUUUUCACACAUGCAUUAAUAAUUGUGCCGAUACAGCACCAAGCCUUAAUUAAACAAACAAACAAAAACUUUUAUAUUGAAAAGCUGUGUAUUGAAGAACACGACACGACUGACUCGUUCCAGGGUUUUACUCGAGGGCGUUUUGUCAACGUCUUAAAGAAUUUGGUACACAGGAUAUUGGCGGUUAUAAAUAUCACUGUGGGCUACACAAGGAGAAUAUCAAAUGAACCUGGCCGCGCUGGGUCCCCACGCAGAAGAAACCAGCGAGGCAGCAGUAAACACGCUCCGUGGAUUUUAAAGAGCGCUUCGAAACACUGUUGAGGGGGGCGCAGAAGAAAUCAAACAGCAGCAUCGCCAAGGACCCUGCUGACAGUCUGAUGAAUACGAACUAAGGGGUUUCAAGAAUCGCAAUGGCUCUCCUUCACAUCCUGAUGUCUGCGUUUAUAGGGCUGAUGUGUGCGAGAGGCUGCUGGAGUGGCUGUGUGGAAGUGGAGUCCAACACGGAGGCGGUCCUGGGACAAGGGUUCAAGCUGGGCUGCAUCUCCUGCAAGCUGCGGCGCGAGGUGGAGGCCACCUCCUCAGUGGAGUGGUACUUCAAAUCAAAAGAGGAUGCGGACUUCAGUUUGAUCUACCAUUAUGAGGAUUACCAGGAGGAGAUUUUCGACGAACGGUUCCAAGACCGGCUCGUUUGGAACGGAAGCAAAAAGACAACCGACCUUCUGGACGGCUCCGUCUACAUCCUCAACAUCUCCUUCGACGAUGCCGGCCUCUACAAAUGCUACGUGGAGCGGACGUUGUACUACGAACACUAUGAGUUCCACACCAACGCUUCCAAGUUCGUCAAGCUCACCGUUGUCCCCACAGUGAACCGGGAGCUGACCUCGAUCAUAGGGGAGGUGAUGAUGUACGUGGCCAACAUUGGGCUGACGUUCUGGCUGCUGGUGGAGAUGGUGUACUGUUACCGCAAGAUCGCCGCCGCGGGAGAGGAGGCGUUGCGGGAGAACGCGGCUGAGUAUUUGGCCAUCGCCUCGGAGAGCAAAGAGAACUGUGCCGGGGUACAGGUGGCUGAAUAGCACUGAAGACGACGGGAGGGGCGAUUCAGACAGAAUGCGACAAGGAAAACAUCCUGGAGAAGCGAACCCGUCUCCCGGAGAAAAAAAUGAUUCAAUAAAGAACGAACGAACCUUCACAACCCUGCCAAAGGAACUGAACGCUGCUGUAAAAUAAACACACACCCUAACUCUAUCAUUUGGAGAGAAGGUUCCCAGGACAUUGUGGACUUUAAAGAAAAAACAAAAACAAAAAAAAAAACGCAUGUUCAGAUAUUUCAUUAAAAAAAAAGAAGUACAUCACCAAGCUUAACAUCUUCACGCACGACGAAAAAAACAAUUAACUAUAAACAAUUCUGAAGUGAUGCUUGCACGAUGAGUUAGCACUGUGAACUGCAACCCUGUACUGCAAGUGAUAGAAUUGUACUCUACGUCUGGAAAUAUUAGAGAUUGUAACUGUGGAAAUGUUGCUUGCGAAAACACUAUAAAAAAAUAAAA